GGUAUUAUACUGGCUACCUGACAAGUGCGACUUUUACUGGUAAUUUUAUCGGUUGCCUUGUGUGGGGGAAGCUGUCAGACAUUGUUGGCAGAAGACCCAUCCUGCUGAGUUCGGCCACGGCUCUGCUGGUCGGCAUGGUGCUAGUGGGCUUCAGUUUCUCCUUCGUGUGGACCGUGUGCGUGCUGUUUUUAGAAGGGCUUCUGAACGGCACCAUCGUUGUGGCCAAGACGUAUCUGUAUGAGAUUUGCCCACCGGAGUAUCAUUCACUGGCCUUUUCUCUUGUCUGGGUGCCUAACAAUGUGGCCCUAUUUGUGGGUCCUACACUGGGUGGAUUUUUGGCCUGUCCAGCAACGAGAUUCCAGACAUUUGACAUCCCGAUCUUUAGGCAGUUCCCGUACCUGCUGCCCUGCGCAGUAGUGGCGUGUUUACAAUUCUGCAUUCUGAUAGUUGGCUGCAUUCUUUUGACCGAAUCUCGGGGUAAAACCCCCAAAGAUGAGUACAUUGAUCUAUCUGAAAUAUCUGCCGAAGACGACGAUGAAAAACGACCAAAGGAGUCCAUCAUGGGCAUCCUACGGGACAGACUGGUGCUGAUUCCAUGUGUGCUGUACGCUGUCUACGCGCUGGCGAGUAUCUGCACCAACUACACGUUGUUACCCCUCCUCCUGGUGUCUGACCCCGGACAUGGCGGCUACAACUUCGGUCCUGCAGAGGUUUCCAUCGUCCUCACCACUAUCGCCGUUUACGGGACCGUUACAAAGGCAACGCUAACCCCUUACAUCGCGUCCAAGAUCAGCUACAAGACGUUGUUCGUGACCGGACUUGUGCUGUACGCAUUGGGGAUCUCCUUGCUUCCGUCAAUGUCCAGCAUCUCAGGACUAGAGGCUAUGACGAGUCGCGCAGUAUCAAACCAAACGGCGCAAUCUAGCGAUUUGAUACAGAACUUCACCGCAGCUGAAUGUUCCUCGACGGCGUAUCCGCAAGUGAUGACGGAAGGUUACACACAGACAGCGGCAGAAAUAAACGCGACAGUCGAGAGACCGCUCACCGGCCAGUGUCGCCUAGAGGGGCACACGAGAGAGACCUCCCAACCCCCGGUAUCAAACGCGCUCCCCUGGGUCUGGGGCCUACUGCUGUCUGUGGUGUUGUUGAUGGAACAGGGACGCUCAUUCUCAUUCCUGGCCAGUAUGGUUCUGGUAGGAAACUCCGGUGUG